CGUGUCAGUGUUGGGCACACAGGACGGUUGAAGGUGUUCUGAGGCAAUAUACUGUGAUGAGUGUCUGUGCCUUAAAGGGGUCAUCAGUGGACAUGCGCUGUCCUAUUCCCAGUGUGACCCAAGUCACAAAGAUAGUCUGGUAUAACAAAGAGUUGAAUGGUAAGACUUAUGAUCUGAGAAGGGACCCUAAUUAUGAAGGUCGUGUGGAGUACCAUGGAACUACAGAGAAGGACUGCAUCCUGAGAAUCACAGACCUGAGACAGAGUGACAUAGCAACAUAUUACUUCAGAUAUAAAACAAGCCAGUACUCAGAAUGGACAUAUUCAUAUGGAUUCACUCUCAGUCUCACAGAUCUAAACGUGGAGAGGAUAUAUGACAACAAACUGACCUGUAAAACCACCUGUACUCUGACUGGUAACCCCACAUACAUCUGGUACAAGAAUGGACAACAUCUAGAUGAGAGCACCUCUCCCCAGUACAAAGACUCAGUCUCCAGUAACUAUGAAGACAGUUACUCCUGUGCUGUAAAAGGCCAUGAGGAUCUCCUCUCUCCUGCAGUGUGUGCUCAGGGUCACAACUGCUGGAGGGUGACUUACACCAAGAGGAGAAUCUGUGUGUUGAAGGGCUCCACAGUGGACAUAUCCUGCUCUUACACUCAUCCCACUAGUUAUAUAGAACAAGGUUCAUUCUGGUUUACACAGAAACACCCUGUAGAUCUCAGUUCAUAUCCAGAGUAUGCAGGUCGUGUGGAGUACAAUAGAAACACAGAGGACCACCACACCAUGACAAUAACACACCUGACAGAGAAGGACUCGGCUGAACACAAAUUCAGAUUACGAACAACAAAUAAGGGGAGAUUUUCUGGCCUUCCUGGUGUGAUGUUGACUGUCACAGAUAUCCUGUUGGAGAUGGAUCCUACGUCUGUGUCAGAGGGGGAGAGAGUCACACUGAGAUGUAGAACCAAUGUACAGUCGGCUCUCAAACCCACUAACAUCUGGUACGAAACAGACAACGUCUAA